AUGUAUGCAUACAGACCGCUCACAAACAGUUACUACAGCGAAGCCGUAGUGGCUCUAAUUUUAUAUGAUAUUACGAAUCGCACAUCGUUCAAGAACGUGGAAGGAUGGCUCAAAGAACUCCGUGACCAUACCGAUCCCGAUACCGUGAUUGGCCUCAUAGGAACCAAGUCUGAUCUUUGUCAUCUCCGAGCUGUCACCAAGGAAGAAAUCACAUCUUUCGCGUUGAAAGAGCGUGUCCUAUGCAUAGAGACCUCGGCUCUUGAUGACAUCAACGUCAACACAGCUUUUCACUGUCCCAUCACCCAAGCUCUGAGAAUAAAAGGUCAAUACGGUGAACUAAGGACUAACUUUUGCAUGAAAAUUAACCGAAUGAACCGAUAG